AUGGGAGGCCCUAAGGAUGAGCCUAAGAUUCAGCAGUGGCUGAAGACCCCGUUGCUGUCGACCGUCAGGGCCGCGCGGGGCCCUUCUGGAGGUGGUGACGUAGCCAUUGCAUGCCGACUGCUGUUGGUAGCUCUAGGGCCUUUAAGUGCUACUCAUCGUCUUAGAAGGAUUCCGUUGUUUUGGUUGCUGCUGAGCUUGACGUUACGUGCAUUGCACCUGCGGUAUGGCCCGGUCUGGGGUUGUAUUUCCCACCCAGGUGGCUGUUCCCAUGAUGCUGCAGUCCACGCGUUGCAAAAACGUGGUAUUCGUCAUAAUGACACAGCAAAAAGGUACGGCUGUGAAUCUCCCCUCCAAAAAGCCAUCAGAGAGAGCGGUGUGGAGCGGGAGAACCUGUGGAGAACUACCAAACUGUGGCGUAGUGAUUAUGGCUAUGAAAGCACAAAAAAGCCUGCUUGGAGUCAUGUUGAAAGACUUGGUGUUGAAUAUCUCGACCUCUGCUGUAUUCACCGACCUGAUCGCUCUCUACAACUACCUGAAAGGAGCAAUCGAGAGGUCCAUGCUGAAACGUGGAGAGCGAUGGAGGAGCUCUAUCAGAAAGGUUUGCGUAGCUUACGUGGUGUAAGCAACUUUCUUAUCGGUCAUCUUGAGCAACUAAAGGAAGACUGUGUGAUUACUCCACAGGUUAAUCAGGUGAUUGAAUACCACCCUCUCCAAAGGCCUCAGGAGCUGGUGGAUUAUUGUAAGAGCAGAGAUACUGGUUUUGAAGGCUGCUGCCCUUCAGCCAAAGCUGAAGCGCUCACUCAUCCUACUAUGGCUCAGCUGGCGAAGAAAUGCGGCAGAACUCCAGCACAGCUUUGCAUGCACUGGAGCACCCAGAAUGGGAUUGACACUACUCCAAAGUCCACAAAAGCAGAAAGGAUACAGGAAAACUGCACGGUGUUUGAUUUUGCAGUAGCAGAAGACGCUGUUGAAAUCCUGAAUGGCAUGCGUGAUGGGAGCGAGGUUUCCCGGGCCCCAAGCCUUGUUGUGUGGCUGAAGGUUUGA